CCGCCUCCGCGCUCGCCCCGCCUCUCGUCCUGCGGCGGGUGCGGCCCCAGCGGCGGUGCCGGCAGCGCGGCGGGGGAUGGCGGGGCGGCCGGCGUCGCUGUCGGCACGGGAAGAAGGAUCAUUUGCGUAUAUAACAAUUAAAGACAGAACACCACAGAUCUUAACCAAGGCUAUUGACACAUUGCAUCGACAUAAAAGUGAAUUUUUUGAGAAACAUGGAGAGAGAGGUGUGGAAGCUGAAAAGAAAGCUAUUUCUCUUCUUUCUAAAUUACGGAAUGAACUGCAGACAGAUAAACCAAUUGUCCCCUUAGUUGAGAAGUUUGUUGAUACUGACAUAUGGAAUCAGUACCUCGAAUAUCAGCAAAGUCUUUUAAAUGAAAGUGAUGGGAAACCAAGGUGGUUUUACUCACCGUGGUUGUUUGUAGAAUGCUACAUGUAUCGUAGACUUCAUGAAGCCAUCAUCCAAAGUCCCCCAAUCGAUGACUUUGAUGUAUUUAAAGAAUCAAAAGACCAGAAUUUCUUUGAGUCGCAGGAAUCUGUCAUUGCUUUAUGUACCCACCUGCAAGCGUUGGCGAGCGCUGUUGAAGGCCUAGAUGAAAAUCAGCUGAAAAAUGAGUUUUUUAAGCUUCUUCAGAUUUCACUGUGGGGAAAUAGAUGCGAUCUGUCUCUAUCCGGCGGGGAAACCAGUUCUCAGAAGACCAAUAUAAUAAAUUCUUUGGAAGACCUAAAACCUUUCAUUUUAGUGAAUGACUUGGAACGUCUUUGGUCAUUGCUUACCAAAUGCAAGAAAACAAGAGAAAAAGUACCUGUUACUAGAGUGGAUAUUGUUCUGGAUAAUUCUGGGUUUGAACUUGUGACAGAUUUAGUAUUAGCCGACUUCCUCUUGUCCUCUAAACUGGCGACUGAGAUCCAUUUUUAUGGAAAAAUGAUUCCAUGGUUUGUUUCUGAUACUACUGUCCGUGAUUUUAACUGGUUAAUUGAACAAGUAAAACGGUCUGAUCAUAAGUGGAUGUCCAAGUGUGGGACCGACUGGGAAAACUAUAUAAAAACGGGCAGAUGGGUUUAUCACGAUCAUAUAUUUUGGACUCUUCCUCAUGAGUUCUGUGCAAUGUCUCAGGUCGCACCUGACUUAUAUGCCGAACUGCAAAAGGCACAUUUAAUUUUAUUCAAGGGUGAUUUGAAUUAUAGGAAGUUGACAGGCGACAGAAAGUGGGAGUUUACCGUUCCGUUCCAUCAGGCCUUGAGUGGCUUCCACCCCGCGCCUCUCUGCAGUAUAAGAACACUGAAGGCUGAGGUUCAGGUCGGUCUGCAGCCUGGGCAAGGGGAGCGGCUCGCAGCCUCUGAGCCCGGCUGGCUGACCUGUGGGAAAUAUGGAAUAUUUCAGUUCGAUGGUCCACUUUGACGUGGUUUUGGAACUCUGGGUUGUGUAGAAAGAUCUGACAGCACUUUCAUCCCCAGAAAAGCAGGUGUGGGUUUAGUACUGUGGCAGCUCUGCCUUAGCUCUGGGAAGCCUGGCCCCUCAGGGCUCACUUGCAUAUGCUCUGAAUGCUUUUUUCUCUGAACAUUUUGCCUCACUACAUUGUUUUGGGGAUAGAUUAGCUAGUUACAGAUAUUUACAUUUAUGUUGAAACUUUAGUAACUUAAUUCAAGUUAAAUGCAUAAUUUUCAGUGGUUUUAAUGAACUUACUUUUAAUUGGAGACAAAGCAACAUAUAAAUGAAUUCUGCUUUUAAAGUUAACAUUUUGGGGUUGUUUUGGUUGGCCUUGUGCUAACAUCCGUGCAAGUCUUCCUCCACUUGACGUGUGGGUCGCUGCCUCGGCGUGGCUGACAGUGGGGUAGGUCCAUGCCCAGGAUCCGAACCAACAAACCCGGGCUGCUGAAGUGGAACGUGCCAAACUCAACUGCUACGCCACAGGGCUGACCCCAACAGUUUUUUUUUUUUUUAGUACUAUGCUGCAUGGUAUUUAAUGUUGUAGGAAGCAUGUAAUUUUAUUUAACUUGAUUUGGGGCUCUAGAAACAAGGGCUCCAUGAGAAUAUACAUCUUAAAUACGUUUUGUGAAGAGAGGCAUGUCUUACAACUGUGAUAUUUGAACACACAAAAGUAAAACUUACCUCCUGAGUUAAUUCUAGAUUUUGUUCUCCUUGAAUUUUAUUUCAUUUCAAUAGUCUGUUUUAUUAACAUGCAUUUGAUCGACCUGUGGAGUGGAUGUCAGGAAACACCAGACUGAACAGAAUGAAACAAAUGGUAUUUGAAGAAUUGUAAUAUCUUUUACAAUCGAUUUGUGAUAUCUAUGAUCAAUUGAAAUGUAUUGUUUUAACCCAUAAGUGUUUUAGAUGAACAGGUUUUUAGAUUGCUCUGCAGUUUAAAAAAAUGCUUUAGAUAGAAAAGAUUCUUAUGCAUUGAAUUUGUGGUACUACCAACAAGUUAAUGCAUUUUUUAUAUUCUUACAUGUUUAUUGGUGAGCACCAGAUAUGAAAGACUGUAAGUUUCAGGUCAGUUUGUUUUGAAACUGAAAUUGGAAAUAAACCUGGAAAUGUUUUCUUGCACUAGAAUAAUAAAAUGAAUUGUA